GAUCCGGCGCAAGGCUUGGACACCGUAGGAAAAAAGCAUUCGGUCUUUCGUCCAUUCACUUUGACAUCCUCCAGCGCUCAUUAUGUCGUUUACAAUAGAUCUUCAUGAGGGCCUGUCGGGUCUUGACAGUGAGUCAUUGCGAUCUUUAACGGACACACUGCCCGAUGAGUAUCAUGAAUGGAUCUCGGAAUCGGGGCGAACAUCACGGAUUUCCCCGCCCCCCAAGCCGGACACAGGGUCUUGAUGUUAUCGCCGAAGAACAAGUCUUGUCCGAACAACCAUACGAAGAACAAGCCUAUCCCACCCCACGACCCUCGAUCAAGAAUAUGCGGCGCAACGUCACGACCAACGAGCUACCUUUGCUCCAGGAAAUCAAUCCCUACGAGCAUGCAGAGGAAUUCAACCCUGUCAGUGAAGAGGGUGCUUCGUAUGAUCUAAUUGCUCCAUGGGACGGUGUCGAUGCGCCGCUUCAUAAACUGGAGCGUCUCUCAGACGUGAUGUUUGGAACGGAGCACAUGCUUUCUAUUCUGAACAACCCGCGAUAUCUUGCAAGAUUCCGGGAGUUCCUUCUUGAAGAGCGACCACGCUCUAUUUCCACUCUCACAUACUAUCUCAACGCGGUCAAGGCCUUGAAGGCGCUCGAAUAUGCCAAUGCUCUGGUCCGUCUUUCAAUUGAUGUCCCACCACCAGCUGUUCAACUUCUCCAAAGGGACAACGAGGCUGUCGGUGAAACGGUAAACAAGGUGUUGGAACAGCGCGUUGAAGAUGGACUCAAUGCAUUGACGGCGGAAGAGCUUCCUGCAUUCAUCACAUCAAGGUGCAUCACUAUUACCAGCAAGAUUGUCGAGGAGCGCGUUCGCGGGACUCUACCUAUGAAGUUCAGAGAAACCUCCAAUGCCCUGGCUGAAGUGUUCUGCUUGACGGAUCCAUCGCGGCCAGAUAAUCCUAUCAUCUUCGCAUCACAAGAAUUCCACCGAACAACGCAAUAUGGAAUGGACUACGUCCUUGGACGCAAUUGCCGAUUCCUUCAAGGCCCAAAGACGAAUCCCAACAGCGUACGUCGAAUUCGAGAAGCAUUGAGUGCAGGCCGACACCACUCCGAGCUCUUCCUAAACUACCGCCGCGACGGCUCCCCAUUCAUGAACCUCCUCCAAUGCGCCCCCCUCUGCGACAGCAAAGGCCGCGUAAAAUACGUCAUCGGCGCACAAAUCGACGUCUCCGGCCUCACCCUAGACGGAGCCCAAAUGGAGUCUCUAAUUGAACUCCAAUCCCGCUACCGCGACCCCGACGAGGAAAGCGUUGCGGAAAUGCCCAUCGCACCACACAAAGACGAGUUCCGACAGAUGUGCGAGUUAUUCAGUCCGAAGGAACUCUCGGCAGUACAGGAGCAUGGUGGUGAUCUUUUCCAGCCGUUGAAUACGCGGGCUUCUUCGCGCGCGAAUCGUCAUUGGAUUCCGCGGGGUGGUUCGAUGGAUAGUGAGAUGGAGGCUAUUCGGUUGCGGGAUGUGAAGUCUCCGCUUUUCCGGGGGUUGACGGGUGUUUAUGAGAAUUACCUCCUUGUCCGACCCUACCCCUCCCUCCGCGUCCUUUUCACGUCCCCGUCCCUUCAGAUCCCCGGCAUGCUACAAUCAUCAUUCUUCUCUCGCAUUGGAAGCUCGUCAGCCGUGAAGGAAGAGCUCAUGGCUGCGAUGCAACAGGGUGAGAGUAUCACCGCUCGCAUCAAAUGGGUUACUCGAUACAACAGCGAAGGCCGCAGUCGCUGGGUGCAUUGUACGCCGCUAUAUGCUAGUAAUGGACAAGUUGGGGUGUGGAUGGUUGUUGUUGAUGAUGAUGAGGAAGAGUCGAUUCCGCUGAAUUGGAAGAGUCAGUGAGUUAUGCAUUGUAUUGUCUAUUACUGUAUUCUUUCUCUUCAUUGUAUAUAUAUCCCCUCUCUUGAUUAGCUUCUCUUUGUCUAUAUUUACCAUUUUUCAUCUACCUA